CCCCCCCCUCGCGUCAGCGGCAUCGGAGGAGGCGGCGGCAUCGGGCGACCCUGCAGGAUGGUGGCGGCGGCCGCGGCGGCGUCGGUGCCGGCGGCGGAGGCUGAGCCAGGCGGCGGGUAGAAAAUGGCGGAUUUCGAGGAGCUGAGGAAUAUGGUAUCGAGUUUUCGGGUGUCUGAACUGCAAAUGUUGCUGGGUUUUGCUGGACGUAAUAAAAGUGGGCGCAAACAUGACCUCCUAAUGAGGGCUCUGCACUUGCUGAAGAGCGGCUGUAGCCCAGCAGUUCAGAUCAAGAUCCGGGAACUCUACAGGCGCCGCUAUCCCAGGACAAUUGAAGGCCUUUCUGACUUGACUGCUCUAAAAUCUUCAGUUUUCAACCUGGACAGUAGCUCUUCUCCGGCGGAACCUGACUUAGCCGUGCCCGGAUUGCAUCCUGCACCUUCAACUUCGGUCGCUCCCCAAUCACCUUCCUCUCCUCUUGGUUCAGUGUUACUUCAGGACACCAAGCCUCGUUUUGAGAUGCAGCAGCCGUCCCCUUCGGUUCCUCCAGUGCAUCCUGAUGUUCAGUUGAAGAAUCUCCCUUUUUAUGAUGUGCUUGACGUUCUCAUAAAACCUACCAGCUUAGUACAGAGCAGUAUUCAGAGAUUCCAGGAGAAGUUCUUUAUUUUUGCUUUAACACCUCAACAAGUCAGAGAAAUCUGCAUUUCCAGGGACUUUUUGCCUGGAGGCAGAAGAGACUACACGGUGCAGGUUCAAUUGAGACUAUGCCUAGCAGAAACAAGCUGCUCUCAAGAGGAUAACUACCCCAAUAGUUUAUGCAUAAAAGUGAACGGGAAGCUCUUUCCAUUGCCGGGAUACGCACCUCCACCUAAAAAUGGAAUUGAACAAAAGAGGCCUGGACGUCCCUUGAAUAUUACAUCAUUAGUUAGACUUUCCUCUGCUGUGCCAAACCAGAUUUCUAUAUCGUGGACAUCGGAAAUUGGAAAGAAUUAUUCAAUGUCUGUGUAUCUCGUGCGCCAGCUGACUUCAGCAAUGUUGCUACAGAGACUAAAAUUGAAGGGUAUUAGGAAUCCUGAUCAUUCUCGGGCACUAAUUAAAGAAAAACUCACUGCUGACCCAGAUAGUGAAAUUGCUACAACCAGCCUCCGGGUAUCGCUGAUGUGUCCUCUGGGGAAAAUGAGACUGACAAUCCCCUGCCGUGCCGGCACAUGUACUCACCUGCAGUGCUUUGACGCCGCUCUCUAUCUUCAAAUGAAUGAGAAGAAGCCGACCUGGAUCUGUCCUGUGUGCGACAAGAAAGCGACAUAUGAAAAUCUCAUCCUGGAUGGGCUCUUUAUGGAAAUUUUGAAUGAAUGUUCAGAUGUUGAUGAGAUCAAGUUCCAGGAAGACGGUUCCUGGUGUCCUAUGAGGCCCAAGAAGGAGCCUUUGAAAGUCGUUAGCACACAGUGCCCCAAAAUAGAAAUCCUGCACUCUCCAGGAUCUGCCAUGGUCGGUAAGCAGGGCUCGACCCCUGCUGGCGAAGUCAGCAAGAAAAAGGUGGACGUCAUUGAUCUCACUGUCGAAAGUUCGUCGGAUGAAGAGGAGGAUGCCCCGCCCAAACGGAAAUGCAUAUACAUGUCGGACACCCAAGCAAGUCCCACAAAGGGUGUCCUUGUGUAUCAGCCAGCAGCCGUACGAGUGCCAGGAGUCAGCACGGUGGAUUCUACAGCCAUCGCCCCAUCAUUAACAGACUACUCUGUGCCCUUCCACCAUCCACCAAUAUCAAGCAUUUCGUCUGACUUGCCUGGCUUGGAUUUUCUCUCUUUAAUCCCAGUCGAUCCACAGCAGUACUGUGCUCCUAUGUUUUUGGAUAGUCUCGCCUCGACCUUGCCAGCAAACACCACCUCUGGCAAUCUCCUCACCUCAGCCAGCCCCCUCGACAGCAGCAGCAGCAACAGCAGCACUCGCGUUAGCUCUUCGGGCCGGAACGAGACGGCCGUGCUCACCAGCACCACCGGGAGCAACAUUCCGGAUAUCAUCUCCCUGGACUAAAAAAAAAAAAGCUGGACUGCUUUCUUGGCAGCUUGGAAACUUAUUUUACAAUAUUUAUUGGGAGAAGACAAAACAAAAAGCUUUGGAUUCCACAACUCUUUACGUGCAGGUUAACGGUGGAAGCAAACUGACUGGAACAAUUUUUAUUUUAUUUUAAUCCUGAAUGUUUCUCUCCCUCCGCCUCUCCCCCCACCCCUUUUAGGAGACUUAUUUUCCGACAAGCCAGCCUUUCUUUAUGACGGUGAAACUGACAAAAAGUUUUUACUCUGUGGAUUCGAAGGAUGAAUCCCCAUGUGCUAAUUAUAACUUUGGCUUAGAUCUAGCAAUAAUGUUUAAAAAAAAAAAAGCAGUGUUUUGAAAUGCAUUUAAUUACUCGGGUGAUAAGAACCUGCCUUAUCCCGGAUCUUAAGGACAAGAGGAAGGAGUUUAAAUUUUGAGGCAUUCUUGACCUUUUGCUGGGACCCGAAAAGAAAUCCUUAACAGAGAGGAUGCAACUUUUGCAAACUCAACGGUUGUAUGAAUUGUUUGCCUCCUCCCUUCCUCUUGGGUGAGAUCACAAACCCUCUGGUGAAGAUGAAUUGGUGUUUCUAUUUAGGAGUUUGUGCUCUCCUGAAACUGCUCUGUUACAUGUGCAAAAAAAAAACAAAAAAAAAAAAAAACCUAUGAGAACUGGGGGAAAAGAAUGCUAUGCAAAGUCCCUUUCAUGCAUCUAAUCUGUGUUUGUAAAAAUGCGAAUACGAUGUUGGGCAGUUAAUUUUUAGGAUGGGUCAUCAGUUCUCGCUGAGAGGAAGGAAAGUGGGGAGGCAGAGACAGCUGCUUCAGAUCUUGCAAAAUAGCCUUUUUUAUCUGCAUAAGGAUCAUGCAGUUGAAGGGCUCACAGUUCAUCUCACUCCGGUCAUUGCCACGAGGAAGAUUGGCCCUCAGUUGUCUUAAGAAUAGUUUUAGGAGUGUAGCUAAAUUAACGAGAAAGGAUCGUCGCGCUAAAAUCUUCCCAUCAAUUUGUGAAGGGGGGGGGAGAAACUUCAGCAAAAGAAAUAAAUGGAUGCUUUAAGCCAGGGGUCUCCAACCAAUGGGCCACAGGCUGAUUGCCCAUUGGUUGGGGACCCCUGGCUUAAAGCAUCCAGAACAAUGUUAGGGAAGUUGCUUACUUGGAAAUUAUCCCCCAAGGACCAUACAGUUGAGCAUGGCUGUUCCCAAGAAAGUUUCAGCAACUUUCUUUGGGUCAAAUGUGAGUGGCUGGCAUGGGUGCCCAUCUCUGCGUGCGCACAGCUCCACUCACCACAGAUGCUCAUCAUCGUGCUCAUGCUUCACGGGCGCACAUGCGCUUGCCCUUCCCACAAAAUGACCGCCCCCGCUCUGGACCGCCAAUUCAGCAAGGCUGGGGAACUCUUGCUUUAAGCAUCAUGAGUAGGUGUGCUUUUGAUUUUUUUUUUUUUGACCCAAAGAAAGUUGCUGAAACUUUCCUGGGAUCAGCCACGCUCAACUGUAUGGUCCUUGGGGGAUAAUUUCCAAGUAUUCCAUAAGUAAGCAACUUCCCUAACAUUGUUCUAAUCACACACACCCAUUGUACAGAAUCUGUCAUACCGGGAAGUCCACAGGUUUUAAAAACAGCCAAGGUUGGGACAUCCCAGUCCUAGAUAAAGAAAAACCUUGAGAAAGAAAAUGGCAAUUGUAGUUGAUAUUCUAGAAGUCACCUGGGCAGGUAAGGAGUGAAAUCACUUUGGCCAUUCAUUCACUUAGGGCUGUGAUGGCGAACCUAUGGUGUGCCACAGGUGACACGUGGAGCCAUAUUUGGUGGCACACCAGCCAUCC